CCGGUUCAAUUGCUCAACUUGACACCAGCCAGAGAAAGCUACUUGCAAGCAGAUACACAAAGGGAGAGUGAAAGGAUCUGCAGCCAUGGGAAUCAAACUGUACUACACAACCGUUACUGCCUCGCGGACGGUGAAAUCCCAACAGGCAGAAGUGAUGCGAAUCCUUGACAGUAAAAGCAUCCAGUACGAGCUCAUCGACAUCUCUGUGGGUGGGGAGCUUCGUGACGAAAUGAGAAGCAAAGCGGGGGACCCCACAGCAGUCCCUCCCCAGCUUUUCAAUGAAGACCAGUACUGUGGGAACUAUGAAAUGUUUUCGGAGGCGGUGGAAGCAGACACAGUGGAACAGUUCUUGAAGAUGGCAUGAGGAUGGUGGUGUGAAAUUCUCCCUCUAAAACCCAUCUCCUCCAACCACUUCCCCACCCACCCCGUGGCCUGUCAGAGGCCCUACAUCAUCGAGUCUCUCUGCCCCGCUGGCAGGGUCCACCCACUUUCAACGCCAUAAAGAAGAAUGCCAAAUAUGUUAUAUCUACUAAUCAGAAGACACACAUUCCUCCCUACUGCACCACAAGUCUCUAAAUCAGUCUUAUUUGUUUUCUUUUUAUGCAUCCUUUUUGUUUUUUUCUCUUACUCUUCAGACAGACUAGUAUAACUAAGUGCCCCAAGUCCAAGGAAUCAGUGAGCUGGGUAAAAGUGCUGUAAUUAGGUCGACUAAUCUCCGCUGCGACCACAUGAUCGCUGGCGAUUAAACUAAUCCGUUGGAUGACAGCAUUCAACCCAGAAUCUGUCUGAUCCUCUGCAGACCAAACACACCAUCAUCAGUCAGUCUUAAACACUUCUGUCUUUUUUCAGUAGCCUUCAGCUUCCCAUGUCCGUACGGCGCGCGGAUGAAAGUAGCGAGGACUGGAAAGAAGCAAUCGAAGCAGCUAAGAGUCAGCUUUUAAUAACUUUGGUUCAUAGGUGUCAUUAUGAGGUAUAUUAUUAUAUUAUAAAAUGGGAAUUCAUUAUAGCCAGAUGAGCUGGUCUGACCAGAUUACUUGGACCUGCUUCAGAGAAACUAGUGCAUUUUCUUAAAACUCAGAUAUGUGGAUUAGGUCAUUACAUUGCUGUCAUUCCACUGUGAGGCUGAAUCUUUGCCUUUAGCUGGUUAGCAGAGCUGAAGCUAAGGUCAUGUCGAUGUAGUUGGUGAACAAGUGUAGGAAUAUCAGCGAUUUGAACAGCAUUAAUGGCUGCUUGUGUUUUCUGGUUAAAACAAGUUUGAUGUCUGAACAAAAUGACACCAGGUGAUUAGAUCGUCAUCUUCUCUAAUGGACCAAUUCAGUGGUUUGACAUUUCAUUAAAGAGCUGCUUUAUUGUAACACAGCGCAGAGAUGAAUUUACACAUUUCUUAAUUCCACAUUUGGUGCCAAUAGAUUAUCUCUUAAGCAUUUAUGCUGGUGGAUAUUCGUUAUCAUGUUAGCAUUUACCUGCCAUCGUCCACAUUUUCCAUAUUUUUACUGCGUGACUCAACACCAGAUUGUUUAAAGUAAGUGUUAGGACCAAGAAAAAGAUGUGAACUGUCUAGCUUUCAGCUGCGAAGCCUCUUAGUUCCAGCUUCUCUGAUUCUACCGGGUGUGUAGAUGCAGUGAUGUGUCCGUGCCUGAAACGCUGCUUUAUCCAGACCACACAGAAAGAUCCAACAUGACCCGUUUAGAUUGAUUAGACUCAGUCUUUACCAGCCUUAGGGAGCACUCAGCUUAUGGGAAAAAUGAAGGCUUCCCUUAUGUUUGUGUUUGGUUGAAAUAAAACCAUCAUGUAUUCUGUCUUAAGCUUGA